AUGGCCUCCCAAGGCGACCGUGAUCGACCACCCUAUCCAGACACUCAAAACCCCUCCCGCUCCCCCUCCCUCUCGCCCACUCCGGCCGUCUCCUCUUGUCCUUCGCCCGACCGCACUUUCUCCACCAUGUCCACCGUGUCCUCCGUCUCCAAUUUCUCUGGAGAUGCGAAAUCAGGCGUGUCCUCCUCCUCGCGCAGACGCGGCUACAUUCGACCCCAGGGCGUGGAAUUCGCCGAAUCCGCAAAGAACCGCGAGAGCGUCAUGAGUCUGGGGAGCAUUGCGCAUUUGCAAUACUACUUUGCGAGAACUGGCUUGCUGGAUGGCAAAGGCGCGCAGUUCGCCAAGGAGAACAGGAAAAAAGGAGAGAAGUCGCUGCAACAGCAACAGCACCAGGAUAUCCCCAGGCUGAUGUUGUCCCAGCAGCCGCAGCUGGGUGAGGACUUUGUCGAAAGCCCUAUCGACGAUAUGGCUGGCGGCUGUGAUGAGAUGGGAGAUGACGCGUGGGAUGAGAACGAACCUGUCAUGCUGCCACCAACAGUUAGCACGUAUAGCAUCCGUAACCACUAUAUACCGCCACCUCCGGACCUGGAGUCGUUGAGGAGGGAACUGCAAACUGCGUUGGCGAAAGCGCGGUUUGUGUUGACGGCGGCGAAGGAGCAGUUGACUCCACAAUUGCUGUCACCGACUCCGAGAGAUCGCUCGCCUGAUGGCCUGUCAGACCCGGAGGAUGAAGCCACCAUCUCGGAAACACCUACGGCAGCUAGGUCUCCACGGGGUUGGCAUGAGAUUGAGGGUAUGCAUAUUCUGGAUGUGGUUACGUUUGCUAUCCGUGCUGCGAAGAUAUAUUACACGGCGCAUGAGAAUCCGGAGCGCUUGGCUUCUAUUAAGAGCGAGCGGAAGAUACGGGAAGAGUUGCUGCAGGUUUUGGAGGUUCUGAAGAAGUGGGCUACGAGGAAUUUCGCAGGAGGGUUGAGGGACGGGGAACGGGCGUCUCUUCUCGCGUGGAUUGCCGGUGUGCGGGAAAUGCUUGAUGAAGAACGGAAGCUGGAGGAGAUAGAGAUGCAGAGGAGGUCGAGCUUCAUCUGGGCUAAUGGGGAAUGGGAUGGAAGAGAGCGCGAGCAAGCGGGAUCAUUUCUCCAGUGCCUAGAGACGAGCAAUCGACCUCUACCUACGUGGGACUCUGUGGAGACGAAUCCACUUCCAACGCCUCUACUCGCGCGUCUCAAGGACGGCAGGGAUCUGGUCAGAUUCCACAACGAGGCCGUGAAACUGUCGCACCGCCAGUUUGGCCAGAUUAAAUCGUUCCAUGAAGAUGUUGCCAAGCCGUACCGGCUGGCGGAUAACCUGCGGUAUUGGGUCAAGGCAGCUGAGAUACGGUGGGAGAUCAAGCUUGAGCUGGAUGUGAUGGCAGUGGUCAAUGGUGAGGACGACGAGGCGUGGAAAAGUUUCGACACGGCGCUGAUGGCCUGGUGUAAGAGUGUUCGAGAAGAGUUGGUGCGCGAUUGGAAAGCGAAGGGCUCCCAUUCUGCGACGGUAUCAUCGGUGGACCCGGGGACCGUGCCAACUGUAGCUGGACUUGGGAUUGACGCUUUAUAA